CUUCCCUCCUGACAAUCAUCCAACCAUGGCAAACGACGCUGAACGACGGAUGAUGGAAAUGCUUGCGCGCGACCAGAUGGCGCGUGAUUCUCGUGACCGCGGGCCUGUUCCUCGCCCAGGCAGCAACGACGACUUCGACGAGUACGUCCUCGAGACCUUUGGAUCUUUUGAUCCAGACUCUGGAGUUGAUAUGGGAGAGUUGCGCAAGGCGGCAUGGCGAACGUGGCGCACGGCUGGGCCAAGCAUUGCAGCACCGAGCAGGUCUUCGCAGGCGGAGGAAGACGCAGAGCUCGCCAGGGCCAUUGCCCUGUCGGCUAAGGAAUUCAAGGAGGCUCAAGGAAGCGAAACCCAGCCCAUUGUGAUAGACAGUGACGAUGAUGACGACGAUGGCCUGCAACGCGCACAUGCCGCACCGGUGGAGGAGCGUCCAGCCAAGCGGCGUCGGGAAGAAACGCCAGACGAGGAGAGGAAAGCGUUAGCUGCUGCAAUCGCUGCAUCCCUCCCAAAUGAACCUUUAGAUGACGACUCGGAUGCGGAAAUGGAGCGAGCCAACGCAGCAUACCAAGCCUCUCGUGCCGCGUCUCGCGAAAGACAAAUUCGUGAACGAGAAGCAAAGCGUGCGGCGACCGUCGGGCCGAGCUCCAAAGCCCCUUCAACCACCACUUCAUCAGCCCGCCCCAGUCCUCAACCGAAGGAGGAGGCAGACAAGCCCGUUGCCGGCGGACUACAAGCUUUAGGAAUAGAUCGCGCCCAGCUUGAACGUGAACGUCUAGCGCGCCAAGCUAUGCGGUCGGGAAGUCGUAGUGUCCAGACUCCUGCAGGCCAGCAAGCAGAUGCGCCGAGGGGGCCUAGGCCCACCCAGCGGACUGGUACUGCACGGCUCUCGAACCAUCCACUUCAGUCAAUGGGUCCUUUUCCCACCGACGACGCCGGAGAAUACUACCUCGAUGGCGAGCUUCGUCACGUGCGUCUACAGAUCGGCUCUUCCACGACAGAACGCACUUUCAGUCCACAAGACGUUUUCGGCAAGUGCGACCAGAUAGUACUCGUUAUCGUGUCGGCUUACUGCUGGGAUCCUGAUUGGAUUGAGACGUUCAUGCCACGGCCCGACCUGUGUCCGACUAUUCGAAUCCUGCGACCACCCGUGAACGACCAGUUUGAGCGACGGAGAAUGGCUGGCAAGCUUAGGCCUCUCGAGAACGGCGAGGUUCAGGUGUAUCCCAACAUGGACGGCAAGAUGGGUUCCGAGCACAUGAAGUUUGCCUGGAUCUGGUUCAAGACAGGCCGCCUUCGUGUCUCAAUCAUGACGGCCAACAUGGUGGACUAUGACUGGGAGCUGAUUGAAAAUACAGUUUUUAUUCAGGAUUUCUUGCCAAAGGGCCAGACACUUGGAUCAACCACGGCGCCAGACCCUGCACUGCCUGACUUUCCCGACCAGUUCCGUCACCUCUUUGCUCAUUUCAAGGUGUACAAGGCGCUGAAGUGGCAGAUUGAGCGCCACCCACGGGGCAAAUGCAUCCCCAUCUCCGACAGCGCGCAUUUCGAGGACUUCAAGAAGUAUGACUGGAGCCGCGUACAGGUCCGCCUAGUCAUGAGCAUUGCUGGCACCCAUACUGGGUUCAAGGAGAUGUCCAAGUACGGAAUUUGCCGUCUGGGGAAGAUUCUGGCGGAGGAGGGCUGGCACCCACGCAAGGACGAGAAGGUUGUUGCCGAAUACCAGGGUUCAUCGCUGGGAAAAUACAGCCUCGAUUGGUACAGCUACUUCUAUCAGCUGUGCAAUGGCAAGGACCUGGCGAGCAUCGCACGGUCCGGCAAGGCUGUCACAUGGCCACCACUCAAGGUUGUAUUCCCUAGCCUCGCCACCGUGGAUACCAGUAUCAAUGGGCGACCAGGCGGGGGUACAAUGUUUUGCGGCUCAGCCUUCUCCGACCGAACAAGGUCGCUGUUCCAUGAUGCGAACUCGAAGCGUGGAGGGGUCUUGAUGCACACCAAGAUGCUCAUCGCCCUGUUCGAACCAAGUUCUUCUGGUCUCGGGUUCAGCACGGCGGCGACAAACCUCGGCAAGCGCAAGGCGGACGAUAUCGUCACUGAGAAUGAAGGCGUUGGUGGCUGGGUUUACGUUGGAAGUCAUAAUUUCUCUCCAUCGGCGUGGGGUACACUCAAUUUCAAGAAUUCGCCUCCGACACUGAAUAUAAAUAACUUCGAACUUGGCAUCGUCUUCCCACUGCCUCGCGGCAGGGGCGAAAUUAUGGCGAACGAGAUCGCUGCCCACAAGCGUCCUCCGCGGCCGUAUGGCAAGAGCGAUGAACCAUGGGAUCAGAAGAAGUACUUACCCAACCUCUGAUCUCAGCCUCUCGUUGUUUAGCACCAUCUCCCCGGAUGUAUACCUAGCAAUGUUAUGACUAAGGAGAUGG